AUGGAUAGAGUAACUGGUCCUUAUUCAGGCAAUACAGAUGUGGAGAAAACCUGGAAAACUCCACAUGGCCAGCCGUCCAUCAAGAGGCAUCGCAAGGUACAUGCUGAUGAUAAACCUCACCGGUGCGAUCAGUGUGAUGCAUCGUUCAAUUUGGAAUCAAAUCUACUUCUUCAUCAAGCAACUCAUUGUACCUCUGAUCCUGUUUGUCCAGAAUGUGGAAAGAAAUUUUCCAGAGUUGCCAGCUUAAAGGCUCAUGUAAUGUUACACGAGAAGGAAGAGAACUUAGAAUGUCCUGAAUGUGGAGAUGAAUUUAGUACACAGCCACACUUAGAUAAGCAUAUGCAAGUACACUGUGAUGAAAUGACAGUAUAA